AUGUCUGUCUUAGGCGGUGGGUCGUCCCUCGACACUGAGGCUUUGCUUUUGAACGACCUCGGAGCGUCCUCCCUCGCAUCAACGUCAUCUUGUCGCCCAUUCCUGAAGACCAAGUUCCAGAUUGGAAGUGUGAAGGGACCCAAGAACUUCUCCAGCGAUCAGACUGUAUUUCACAGAGACGAUGUACCCGCCACCAAACGAGAACGCAAGAAAGAAGUCAAGGAGUGGAAGGAGAGAAGGAUUCUCCGAAUGGGGAGGCCGCCCGGCUGGUCCUCGAGCGUGACCCUCGAUCCCACCCGGAUGAAGUUCGCCAGAACGAAGAGCAACUCCGAGCUCGACCCGGGCAAGCCCUAUCAGUACAAUUACCGCGCGGAGGUACUGCCGCCCAAGAGUCCCGACCCCGUGCCAAAGUCAAACAUGUUCCAGGUGUCUGGAGUCACCAACGAGGAGGCGGCAAGGAGGCGGAUCUUGAGGGCGAAAUACCCAGACAACGCCCUGGAGCACCCGAAACGAAUCGAGGAAAUGCCUUCCAACAAGAGACUCGACGGCAAGAUCCGCUGGAACCCGUCCACUCAGUGUAACGCUCGAGAGCGGCGGCGGGCGCGCGACGAGUACGAAGCAGCUUGCAAGCUCGCCACUGCCAGGAAAAACGGCACGUUAAGAAACUACACCGCUCCCGAGCAGAGGGAGAAAGAGCAACAGCAGUGGAUCCGAAAGCUCAAGGUCGAGGGCCGGCUGUGGGCGCUGAAAGAGCGAGAGCCUAGCCCGCUCCUGCCAACCCACAACAGGCUGGCCAAAGACCCCAUCCGCAGGAUUCGACAGUAUCGGCACUCGGGAAACUUUGAGUUCCGCGAGGCCGAGGGCUGCAAGAUGUGGUCCGACACGGCCUGCUUCGAGGAGUGCUCACCCGGCGAUAUCGUAAGGGUUCACAACCCCGCCGGCUUCAACUUCGCGGCGCCGUGCCUCACGAGAUCGGUCGCGAGAGCGUGGGGAUCCACAUGA